GCCAUUUUCCGUUUCUAGGAAGAGUGAGGGCGAGAGGAGAGAGAAAAGAAGGGGAAAAAAAGGGCUCAGCGCCUCCCCGCCGGGCCGUGGGCAAGAGGGACAGUUUCGGCAGGCGGGUGAGGUCGCUGACGGCCUGGAGAAGAUGUUUUCCCUGUCGAACACCGUUCAGCCCCAGGUUACAGUUCCUCUGAGUCAUCUCAUCAAUGCCUUCCAUUCACCGAAAAACACAUCUGUUUCUGUCAGUGCAUCAGUUUCUCAAAACCAGCAUCGGGAUGUAGUGUCUGAGCAUGAGGCUCCCAGCAGUGAGCCUAUACUUAACUUAAGGGACCUUGGAUUAUCUGAAUUAAAAAUUGGACAAAUUGAUCAACUGGUAGACAGUCUACUUCCUGGAAUUUGUAAGGACAAAAACGUUUCUUCCCAUUGGCAUACAUCUCAUGUAUCUGCACAGUCCUUCUUUGAAAAUAAAUAUGGUUGCUUAGAUAUAUUUAGUACUUUACGUUCCUCUUGCUUGUACAGACAACAUUCAAGAACUCUUAAAAGAAUUUGUUCAGAUCUUCAGUACUGGCCAGUUUUCAUACAGUCUCGGGGUUUUAAAACUUUAAAAUCAAGGACACGACGUCUACAGUCCACUUCUGAAAGAUUAGCAGAAACACAACAUACAGCACCAUCAUUCGUGAAGGGGUUUCUUUUGCGGGACAGAGGAUCAGACAUUGAGAGUUUGGACAAACUCAUGAAAACCAAAAACAUACCUGAAGCUCACCAAGAUGCAUUUAAAACUGGUUUUGCAGAGGGUUUUCUGAAAGCUCAAGCACUGACACAAAAAACCAAUGAUUCUCUAAGAAGAACUCGCCUGAUUGUCUUUAUUCUGCUGGUAGUUGGCAUUUAUGGACUCUUAAAAAACCCAUUUUUAUCUGUCCGCUUCCGGACAACAACAGGGCUUGAUUCUGCCGUAGAUCCUGUGCAGAUGAAAAAUGUUACCUUUGAACAUGUUAAAGGAGUGGAGGAAGCUAAACAAGAAUUACAAGAAGUUGUUGAAUUCUUAAAAAAUCCACAAAAAUUUACUGUUCUUGGAGGUAAACUUCCGAAAGGAAUUCUUUUAGUUGGACCGCCAGGGACAGGAAAGACACUUCUUGCCCGAGCUGUGGCCGGAGAAGCUGAUGUUCCUUUUUAUUAUGCUUCUGGAUCAGAAUUUGAUGAGAUGUUUGUGGGUGUGGGAGCCAGCCGUAUAAGAAAUCUUUUUAGGGAAGCAAAAGCAAAUGCCCCGUGUGUUAUAUUUAUUGAUGAAUUAGAUUCUGUUGGUGGGAAGCGAAUUGAAUCUCCAAUGCAUCCAUAUUCACGGCAGACCAUAAAUCAACUUCUUGCUGAAAUGGAUGGUUUUAAACCCAACGAAGGAGUUAUCAUCAUAGGAGCCACGAACUUCCCAGAGGCAUUAGAUAACGCCUUAAUACGUCCUGGUCGUUUUGACAUGCAGGUUACAGUUCCCAGGCCAGAUGUAAAAGGUCGAACAGAAAUCUUGAAGUGGUAUCUCAAUAAAAUAAAGUUUGAUCAGUCUGUUGAUCCAGAAAUCAUAGCUCGAGGUACUGUUGGCUUUUCUGGAGCAGAGUUGGAGAAUCUUGUGAACCAAGCUGCUUUAAAGGCAGCUGUUGAUGGAAAAGAAAUGGUUACGAUGAAGGAACUAGAGUUUUCCAAAGAUAAAAUCCUAAUGGGGCCUGAGCGUAGAAGUGUGGAAAUUGAUAACAAAAACAAAACGAUCACAGCGUAUCAUGAAUCUGGUCAUGCUAUUAUUGCAUACUACACUAAAGAUGCUAUGCCUAUCAACAAAGCUACAAUCAUGCCACGAGGGCCAACACUUGGACAUGUGUCCCUGUUGCCUGAGAAUGAUCGAUGGAACGAAACUAGAGCUCAGCUUCUUGCUCAGAUGGAUGUCAGUAUGGGAGGAAGAGUGGCAGAGGAACUUAUAUUUGGAGCUGAUCAUAUUACAACAGGUGCUUCCAGUGAUUUUGAUAAUGCAACCAAAAUAGCAAAGCAGAUGGUCACCAAAUUUGGAAUGAGUGAAAAGCUUGGAGUUAUGACCUACAGUGAUACAGGGAAACUGAGUCCAGAAACUCAAUCUGCUAUUGAACAGGAAAUCAGAAUCCUUCUGAGGGAUUCGUAUGAGCGAGCAAAACAUAUCUUGAAGACUCAUGCAAAAGAGCACAAGAAUCUAGCAGAAGCUUUAUUGACCUAUGAGACUUUGGAUGCCAAAGAGAUUCAGAUUGUUCUUGAGGGGAAGAAAUUGGAUGUGAGAUGAUAGCUCUUGAUGCAUUGUUGGUUUUAUUGCAAGACCAUAAGUAGCACUGCAGUAGUCGUAUUUUGCAACACUUUUCUCCCAUUCUUGGUAUCGCUCAAGGGUGUGAAACACUUUGUCAGUCUUUUGUCACAUUUAUCUAAUUUUGAUUAUUCUCAUGAUGGACACCUCCUGCAAAUAGCAAUUUAUUAAAGAAAAUAAAGAACUAUCAGGAUUGAAAACA